AUGAAUAAGAAAGAUAAGCUUAAAGAUAGGUUUCCCGCUCGAACGGCUCAAAUUGAGCAAUUAGCUAUAUUUUUAGAAGAAAAGAAAUUAGCACAAAUACCAUCUCUUAUUGUUCAUGGCCAUCGGUUUACUGGAAAAACUAGUGUUUUGAGGGGGGUUUUAGAGUGUUUUGAGGCCGAUUUUGUGUGGAUUGAUUGUCAAGAUUGUUUUUCCAUAAGGAUUCUUUUAGAACGAACAAUCUAUCAACUGAGAGAAAUUAUAGGGAAAAACAAGCAGAAUGAAUCGCUUAAAUCUGAUGAUUUUGUGACAUUUACUGUUGCUAUUCAAAAUUUAUUUUUGAAGGCAAAAUGGACAUCUAAUGUAAUUGUGGUUUUUGAUCAUGUGGAACAAUUGCAGCAUUUUAAAGUAACAAUUCCAACAAUUGUGUUAUUAAGAUUAGCAGAAUUGUCAUUUGUUCCUUAUUUAACUACGGUUUUGAUAACAACAUCAUUAGAUACAUUAUCUUGGGGCUCUUAUCAUGUUCCUACGAUCUAUUUUCCACCUUAUUCUAAAUCAGAAUUUAUUGAAAUCAUGUCUCUUCAUAAGGAUUCGGUUGCCUUAUUAUCUAACACACUCAAUUUUGAAGAUGAAAUAACAAGUGCAGAUGUUAUAAAUCUUUGGCAAAAAUUCUGUAAAAUUAUAUGGGAUACUUUCGGAUCAGUUAUAGAAGGAGAUUUCGAUCUUUUCUUUUCAGUGUCGAAAAAACUCUGGCUUAUAUUUAUAGAACCUAUAAAAGAAGGCAAGGCUACUAAGAAAGAUAUUAUUAAACUCUACAAAUUUAGCCAAUAUGCAUCCGAAUUGUCUUCCUCUAAAGCAAUUCUUGAAGAAUUAUCAAAGCUUACUUAUCAUAAAGCAUUAAUACAUGAUUUUGAAAGUCAAAGUGUUACUGAUCUUUCAUGGACAUCAAAAUAUCUUAUCAUAGCGUCUUUCUUAGCUUCAUAUAACCCACCUAAGUAUGAUUUUACUCUUUUUUCAAAAUUUAGAGAUCAUACAAAGAAAAGAAAACGAAUAAAAAAACCAACAUCCGCAAUAAUCAGUCAAAGACUUAUAGGACCUAAAUCCUUUGUAUUAGAAAGAAUGCUAGCAAUAUUUCUAGCAAUUCAAUCUAAUGAAGAUAUAUUAACUUCUGAUAUUUACACACAGAUAGAAAAUCUAGCUACUCUAAAAAUGCUUAUCAGAACAUCAUUAACGUCCGAUAAAUUAGACAGUGCAAGUCGCUGGAAAGUUAACGUUAGCUGGAACUUCGUCCAAAAAAUUGCAAAAAGCGUAGGUUUCGAACUGGAAGACUACUUAAUAGAAUGA